AUGGCUGCAACAUCCUGGUCCCCAUCGUCCUGGAAGUCCAAACAAGCCGCACAGGCUGUGAAUUAUCCCGACCAGGACCAUCUCGCUAGAGUGUUAUCCAAAAUAGAAAACUUGCCUCCUCUUGUCACACCUUCAGAAAUCGAGCGCCUUCGGCACCAAUUGAGCGCAGUUCAGCGCAACGAGGCGUUCCUGCUCCACGCCGGCGACUGCGCUGAAAGCUUCGAUGCUUGCACUCAGACUCCAUAUAAGCAAAACAUCUCGGCCAAAAUUGGCCUGAUCCUUUCGUUUUCUCUCAUACUCAUAUGGGGGGCCAGGCUUCCUAUUGUACGCAUCGGGCGCAUUGCAGGACAGUAUGCUAAACCGCGGAGUAGCGGGACAGAAAAAAUCGGUGAUAGGGAGGUCCUGAGUUUCCGGUUGGAUCCAAACGACAGGACGCCUGACCCAGACCGUCUUCUCAGCGCUUACUUCCAUUCGACAGCCACACUCAAUUACGUUCGCGGUUUGUUGACAUCCGGUUUUGCUUCUUUGCACCACCCACGAGAUUGGUCUCUUUCUCAUGUCCGGUCCCCGGCCCUUCGAAAAGAGUUCGAAAAUAUCGUUGAAGGUGUCAGCUCUGGUCGAGAGAGCGCAAACUACGAAAAAGGGGGUGGGAGGAGCGUUUUAGGAGAAGUUGAUUUCUAUACAAGGCAAGUCUUCACAUUAUCCCCUACCGGACUCCAUAACGGCACCUGCCCAAGAUUGAUGCUGAAUUAUGAACAAGCCAUGACUCGUGAAUUCGAUGUUGCAGGAGCCUCCCCAUCGCCGAGCUCCCCGCUCAGCUCCCCAGCGAGUCCGCCGCCGACAUCAACGGCGUUCUAUAAUACGUCUGCCCACUUUUUGUGGGUAGGGGAUAGGACUCGACAGCUCGAUGGAGCGCAUGUCGAGUAUUUCAGGGGAAUCCGUAAUCCCAUCGGCAUCAAAGUUGGACCUAGCCUUGCCAAGGAGGAGUUAAUUCAGUUGCUUGACAUCGUCAAUCCUGAUAAAGAGAGUGGUCGGGUAACACUGAUCACAAGGUACGGCGCAGGAAAAAUCGAAGACCAUCUCGGCAGCCACAUCAAAGCCGUCCAACAAUCCGGUCAUCUCGUUAUCUGGGUCUGUGAUCCCAUGCACGGCAACACUCUCACUUCGGCCUCCGGUUUAAAGACUCGCAAUUUCGGCACCAUUAUCAGCGAGCUCACAUCCUGCCUUCGUAUACACGCGGCAUGUGGUUCUUGCCUGGGUGGUGUCAGUCUAGAAUUCACAGGAGAACUGAACGACGAAGGGUUCAGUGUCACGGAAUGUUUAGGCGGAAGUAUGGAAUUGAGCGAAGAACAAUUAGGUUUAAGAUAUCAGUCCUUCUGCGAUCCAAGAUUGAACUUCGAGCAGUCACUCGAUGUUGCGUUCCUCAUCUCGAAUCACUUCAAGCAGGAACGCCGCGGGGAAGGCCAGAGCCACAUUUACACUGAACUCGGAGGGGGAACAUAG